UCGAAACUCUGACAUUUGAUUUGUUUUUGGCCCAACUGACACAUAGAUGUCAUUAUGGCAUAGUAGCCCUUGUCAUUUCGCACUGCACUUUGUAUUACAUUUUUAACGAGUGAACAUGUCGAGCACCCAGAGCAACGAGCCUAAAGUAGAUGCCAGCUGGAUUGGUUGGUUCGUUGGGAAGACUGGCAACGAGUUCGUCUGCCGCGUGCCCAUCAAGUUCAUAAAGAACAAGCUCAACCUGGCGGGGCUGGAGUACUUGGAAGACACACUGAACGUGGUCCUGGAACCGUUGUUCGACAGGUCCGUGGCCUCGGUCUCCGGCCACGAGGAGAAGCUGUACGGCAUGAUCCACGCCAACUACAUUAUGACGGAGCGUGGCGUGGAAGAUAUGCGCCUGAAGUAUGAGAGGGGGGACUUCGGAGUGUGUCCGAAGUUCUACUGUAAGGGGCAGAAAGCCCUGCCAGUGGGCCUCAGCGACGGGUGGGGCCAUUCCACAGUUAAGAUCUACUGCCCAAGCUGUAGAGACGUCUUCAAGCCGCGAUCCCGUCCAAAGCUGGACGGAGGCAUGUUCGGGACCAGCUUCCCGCACCUGUUCUUCAUGGAGCUGCCGAUGUUGAGACCCCAGCCGCCCGUGGAGAAGUACGUCCCCCGUCUCCAUGGAUUCCGGUUGCACGAGUCGGCCUUUAAGCCGCUCGAUUAGCGCGAUUCCUCGCGCGAGUCCUCGCCCGAGAGUAUCGGAUCCUCGUCCGCCUCCUCCUUCCCGGAUUAACCUGGAUGUUUAACUCCACACGAUAUCUUGUUGUUGCAAUUAAACACAUUCCCCAGUGCGUUGAUAUGGCCAGCUACCACCUACUUAUACCCCUCAUACACUUAAUACACCUCAUGCAUCUCAUACACUUCAUACACCUCGUACACCUUAUACACCUUAUACACCUCAUACAUCUCAUACACUUCAAACACCUCGUACACCUCAUACAUCUCUGCCCUUAAUACUUGGUUCAAACUGUUCGGUCCAAGCUGGCCAUAUCAAGCACUCAAUUCAGUAACAAAGCGUACUUGUCGUUAAUAGUGGUAAUCACCUGGGAGCUCGAAGUGAAGCAGACACUGCGAGAAAAUGGGAGUCCUGUUGCACGGUCCACAUAUAAUUAAUCCCCAUUACUUCCGCUACUAGUUUUUAAGAUGUAUCCUUCGAAUUGGCCUCAAGGGCACAAGGAUUAUGGAUAAACACUCCAAACGUUGAGUUAUAUUAUUUUGAGUAUAAGAAAAAUAUAUAUCCUUUACAUGGUCGGAAAGGAUUCCUUCUGCAAAUCAAGUAUACCAUUCUACUCUACGAGUUACUGGUAUAAAAACAAUAAUGAAACACAUUUUUAAUGAACAAUAAAGUUGAGACAAAAAAAAAUGCUAUAUUCUAUAGAUAAAUACUUUACUCUCUUGGUGUUUAUUGGAAGCAUUGGUUUUCUCUACACUAAUAGAAAUUUUAAAGAUCUAUAGGUCCAAAAUAAAAGAUU